AUGGCUUCAAGCCCCGAAAUCUCCAUCCCUUCAACAACCAUUUCUGAUACUCCAAAACCUUACACCAUAUACAACAUUUCUAUCCGCCUACCUCUCCGAUCACAGACAGUGGAAAAGCGAUACUCUGAUUUCCUCAAACUCCAUGAGUCACUUAUCAGUCAGGUCGAGAAACCUCCUCCGGCACCGUUGCCUAAGAAAUCCUGGUUUUCGGGCACUAUAUCGAACGCAACAUUUCGAGAGGAGCGCCGCAAGGGUUUAGAAGAAUAUAUACAAGCUAUCAACAGUUCAGAAGACUCUCGAUGGCGUAACUCUACAGCGUGGCGAUCGUUUUUAAAUCUUCCCCCCAAUAAUGCGUCCACACGGGCUUCCAACUUACACUCAGCUAUUGCUGGACCUGGUGCAGCAGGAGCCCCGAUUACGGAUCCCACAACCUGGCUAGACUGCCAUCGAGAUGUUAAGACACAUUUACACGAUGCAAGGCUGCAUUUAACCCGACGAGACCAAGCUUCAACGCCUCAGAAACAGCAUGAAUGCUCUGCAUCAGCAAAAAGCAGCCUUGUGAGAACCGGUACUUUAUUGGGAGCCUUGGAAGAAGGCUUGAAGAAUAUAUCUGGAAACUCUGCUUGGAGUGGCUCGAAACUGGGAGAAGGAGAACUUCGCCGGCGUAAGGACUUGCUUACUAGUGCCAGAAAAGAAAAAGAUGCACUAGAGGAUCUCCUGAAUUCCAUGGCUGCUAAAAACAAGUUAGACUCAGCUGUGGCUUCUAUUCCAGAUAAACAGGCCCUUUUGGGUAUUGACGCAGUUACAGGGACUAGAAAAGCUGCAGUUAAGGGCGGACGGGUUCUUGGGAAAGAGACUAAUCGCACGAGAGAGUUGGAUAAUGAGGGCGUUCUACAACUACAGAAACAAAUAAUAGGUGAGCAGGAUGUUGGGGUGGAAGAAAUUAGGAAGAUUAUUGCACGGCAGAAGGAGCUUGGAAUUGCUAUCAACAAUGAACUUGAGCUUCAGCUUGAGCUCCUGAAUGUGGUUGAUGAAGAUGCUGGAAAGCUGAAGAGUAAAAUCGAUAUUGCGCAGAAAAGAGCAAAGAAGAUCUCUUAA